AUGGCUGUUUAUAGGAGCUUAUUAUUACUUGCAUUCGCUGGCUGUGUCCUUUCUGAAUUUGGUGCACCUUUCGAACCGUGUGAUAAGGAUGACAUCAGAUGUCUAAGUGCUGCAACAGAAUCGUUUUUGGAAAAAACCUGCAAUGGUAUUCCUGAUUAUGACAUUAAAGCUAUCGAUCCUUUGAUCAUACCAGAAUUGAAAUAUGAAGUUGAUCCAGACAUGGGCUUGCUCUUUGAAUUCAAAAACAUCAAUGUCACAGGAUUGAAGAACCAACAGAUUUCGGAUUUCCGAAUGGAUACUGACAAGAAAUCAGUUGUAUUGAAAACGAAAGCAGUAUUGAACAUCGUGGGUGAUGUGAAAAUCUCACUGACGAAGCACAACAAAGUAUUCAACGGAGUUUAUUCAGCUUCAUACACCGCCCUAGGAAACUCGAAAUACGGUUACUCCCUGGUACAGAAAGGAGAUCUGGAAUACUUUGAAGUUGGACCAGAAGUAAACACCUGUGAAAUCAUUGGAGAACCAGUUAUAUCACUUGAUCCUAGUCUACAAAACGUUAUUGACCAAGAUGCUGAUGCUAGAGCACUGAAGCCUUCUUUUAAUACUAAGAAAGAAACUUUGAGGAAGAACACACUGUGUCGUAUUGUGGAAUCCGCCUAUACUACUGUUAUCCAUAACCUUAGAUCUUCGGCAAAAAUCUAUCCGUGCCGUGCCUUUUUCAAUAAAAUGUGUAAAUAA